GCGUGCGCCGAGCAGCCGACGCGACGGAGGGGGAACGUUGCUCCUAACUACCGCCACGGGACACACGGACACCGGACACCGGAGACCGGAGACCGGGGACGUUGUAAAGCCAGACAUGAGCCCCCCUGGCCUGGGUCGCUGAGGUCAGAGUUCAAGUGUUCCGGCAGCCAUGGCCGACCGGGAGGGGCCAUCCAUCGCCCUGGGCCAGAUCUACAUCGAGGUGGAGUACGACUAUGAGUACAAGGCCAAAGACAAGAUGGUGGCCAUCCGCCAGGGAGAGUGCUACAUGCUGGUGAAGAAGACUAACGAGGACUGGUGGCAGGUGAGGAAGGAGGAGGGCACUAAGGCCUUUUACGUGCCGGCGCAGUACGUCCGGGAGGUACGGCGGGCGCUCAUGCCCCCCCAGAAGCCCACCUUGAGGGCCAAACCCACCGCUUUGGAUAUCUGCCGGGCGUCUAAUGAAAACCUCAACAGACCCCAUCCGGAAAUGUCCAGCUUUGGGCGCCCGUCGCCUUCCUCCACCCCGUCGCCAUCUUCUGACCGCGUCACGCCGCCCGCCCUGUCCAAGGACGCCAACCAGAACGUGGGGAGUCCCCACCACUGCAAGGUGGUGGCGGAACUGGUGCUUCUUCACAACAACAACAACCAUCACCACGGCAACAGUUCGACGUUGCCACGGACUCGGGCUGACUCGCCCCCGCUCAAAGUGGGGAACAACCACGACCAAAGUCCGGACAGCGGUAAGGCCUCCCCGCCGGGCGACCGCCUGAACAAGCUCCACAACGACUCUGAGUCUGGGGAUGAGCUGAGCAGCAGCUCGACGGAACACAUGCAGACAACAUCCCCCACGGCUCAGGGCCGGUCCGACUCGCCGGUCUACACCAACCUCCAGGAGCUGAAGCUGUCUCAGUCCAGCCUGCCGCCCAUCCCCUCCAGCUCCCCGCUCCACAUCCUGGGUGACUGGGAGACCCACAAAGACCUCAGCGGGAGGCACUUCUACUACAAUCGGGCCAGCGGGGAGCGCACCUGGAAGCCGCCGCGCAGCCGGGACGCCGGCGGCAGCAGCCGAGGAGACAGCCAGACGGCAGAGAGCGAGGAGAACUGCAGCAGCAGCCAAUCGGACAGCCAGUACGGGUCGCCCCCUAGAGGCUGGUCCGAGGAAAUGGACCCGCACGGACACAUGCUCUACGUCUCCGAGUCCACGCAGGAGAAGUGGAUCAAGCACGUGGACGAGCAGGGCCGGCCCUACUUCUACAGCGCUGACGGGUCCAGGUCCGAGUGGGAGCUGCCGAAGUACGACGCCUCCCCUCAGUCCGACGAGGGGCCCAAGAGUCGCAGUUUGGAGAGGAAGCAGCAGGACCCCAUCGUCCUCACCAAGUGGAGACACAGCACCUACGUGUUGAACCUCAACGACAAGCCCUCAGAGAAGUGUGGAGUCCUGAACGUGACGAGGACCACGGACCAGGGGAAGCGCGUGAGGAAGAGGUGGAGCUCCUCGUGGGCCGUGCUGCAGGGCUCCUCCCUGCUGUUCGCUCGGGGCCAAGGGGGCGGCAGCAGCUGGUCGUACUUACACAGCGGCGCCUUCCCCGAGCUGCUCCUCACGCUCCUUAGUGGCUGGAAGUGCUCGGCUAAGCCCCGCCCCCCCGCCGUCUCCUAUGAGACCUGUAGGCCUGAGCAGGCUGCCGGUUUUGGGGGCAGCCAGUCGAAGCCGGAGUUCACCGUAGACCUGCGCGGGGGGGCGGUGGACUGGGCCUCCAAGGACAAGUCCAGCAAGAAGCACGUCAUCGAGCUGAAGACGCGCCAGGGGACGGAGCUGCUGGUCCAGUCCGAGGUGGACAGCGUCAUCACCGACUGGCACCGGGCCCUCAGCGAGGCCGCCAGCGCUCAUGCCUGGGAGUCGGACGAGGCCAUCGAGGAGGACAUGCCGGAGUCUCCGGGAGCCGAGAAGCAGGACAAGGAGAAAGACCAGCGGGACUCCAAGAGGACCCGAGUGAUGAAGACCUCCGUGAGCAUGGACUCAUCGGACCAGAAGAAGACCCGGCUGAAGCUCAAGAAGUUCCUGACGCGCCGACCCACCUACCAGGCGGUGCGGGACAAGGGCUACAUCAAAGACCAGGUGUUCGGCUGCAGUCUGGCCGGUCUCUGCCAGCGUGAGGCCACUUCGGUCCCCAAGUUUGUCACGAUGUGCAUCGACCACGUGGAGACCACAGGGCUCCAUGUCGACGGCCUGUACCGGGUGAGCGGGAACCUGGCGGUGAUCCAGAAGCUCCGCUUUGCUGUGAAUCACGAUGAGACGGUGGACCUGAAGGACAGCCAGUGGGAGGACAUCCACGUGACCACCGGGGCCCUCAAGAUGCUCUUCAGGGAGCUCCCGGAGCCGCUCUUCACCCUGGGGGUCCGGUCCGCCACCAGAGGGCGCCAUCACCCUGACUACCAACAGCGAGUGACCUCCAUCAGAGACCUGAUCCACAAGCUGCCAGAACCAAACCACCACACCCUGCAGGGCCUCUUCAAGCACCUGCGGAGGGUGAUCGAGCGUGGCGAGCUCAACCGGAUGACGACCCAGGGCGUGGCCAUCGUGUUCGGGCCCACGUUGCUGCGGCCGGAGACGGAGACGGGGAACAUCGCGGUCCACAUGGUCUACCAGAACCAGAUCGUGGAGCUGAUCCUGCUGGAGUACGAGAGCAUCUUCAGCAGGUAGAGGACGCCUCCUCCUCCUCCUCCUCCCUUUGAUGGAACGACACCUGCUGUGGACGAAGCCCACGGGACAUGUGAUGCACUGAAGGAGGAGAAGAAGAACUGUACUGAGUUCUGCUCGCUGUGUGUGAAGCAUCCACUGGGACCGGGGGGGGAGGAGUCUGAACUGGACCCGAGUUGUUUUUGUGUUUGUCUGUAUGUGAAUGGAAACAAAUAAAAUCUGUUACGCUA